AUGGUGCAGAACAGCAUCUUUGGCCUCCUCACGACGGGGGCUUCCCUCUACAAAUGCAGCGAAUCUCUGGCGUGCCCUGUACUGCAGAAGAGGCAAAGCCGAGAGCAACAGCAGCAACAGCGCUCCGAAGCGCCUCCUGCGAGGAAGAGGGAAAAGAAAGGCGCUGGAAUCCCUGAAGCCUCACGCACUCCUGAGAGCAUACGGAAGCAGCACUCGAUAUCCGUGAGCGGCCUGACGGAUAUCCCUCCGCCUUUUCGUUCCUUUGCAGACGAGUUGCCUCAUCAUGAUCCAGAUGCAGUAGAUGAAGAAUGCAACGCUGCGCAUGGCCGGGGGGACUCCCCGGCGCCCCCUCGGAAGCUUCCGGCCUGGCUGGUGUCGCGCUUGGAGGCACUUGGCUACAAAGAGCCUACGCCUAUUCAGAUGCAGGCUCUUCCCCUGCUGCUGAAGGGGUAUCACAUCUUGGCGUCCUCCCCCACUGGGAGCGGCAAAACGCUUGCCUUCUUGCUUCCUCUUAUCGCAUGCCUCAAGGCUCCUCGAGCAGAGUUCUCCCGUUUGGUAGUUCUUUCUCCGACGCGCGAGUUGGCACGCCAGAGCCUUCGAACUUUUGAAAAGCUGACAGAGGGCAGCGGCUUUAAGGCUGCAUUCCCUCAAACGCAUUCUGGGGGCCGAUACGGCACAGCGGAUGCCAUCUUUGCUACGCCCCUCUCGUUGCUAACACUGCUUCAAAAAAAGCGGUUGUCUCUGUCGGACUGCCAACACCUCGUUCUUGACGAGGCUGAUCGGCUGUUGGACUCAGGAUUCUCGCCCCAGGUGGACACCAUUUUAUCGGAACUGAAGGGUGCAGCAAGGGCUAACAAGCGGCUCCACAUUUGUCUCUUCUCUGCCACCUUGCCUCCCUCAGUUGUGCUUCUCGCUGAGUCCAUCGCUUACGGGGCAGUUCACGUGGCCGUGGGACGAGCCAGCGCCGCAGCUCCACAGAUCGAGCAAGAGUUGGUGUUCUGUUCCACUGAAGCGGGCAAGCUGUGGGCUCUAAAAAAUCUCCGAAUCGAGAUGCGUCUUAUUCCGCCAUGCCUGAUUUUCGUUGAGACUCAAGAAAGGGCCAGUGAACUGCUGAGGGAGAUGAUUAGUGAGGGCAUGGCUGUCGACUUAUUGCAUGCAGCAAAAAGUAAACAGCAAAGGGAUGCGACAGUUGAUGCUUUUAGAACAGGCAAAAUAUGGUUCUUGAUUUGCACUGAUCUGGUAGCGCGCGGUGUAGACUUCAAGGGCGUUGCCCUAGUGAUAAACUUCGAUUUGCCCCUCUCCACAUCUGUGUAUAUACACCGCAUUGGCAGAACGGGCAGGGCUGGCAAGCAGGGGAAAGCAAUAACAUUUUUUACUUUGGACGACGUACCCAAACUCAGGCCCAUCGUGCAGAUCAUGCGCAAGAGUCCGAACAGCAAAAUUCCGGAUUUCCUAAACUCCAAGCUUACCCGCAAUUUGAGGGUCAAAGGGCAGAAAAAAUACAGGGGGGCCUACAAGCCUCACGGCAAGGGGGCUUUUCGGAGGAUUCGCAAGCCCAUUAGGCCCAUUACGCAAGCUGCACAUCUGAAGGCCAGGCGGCGAGCAUGGGCUGUAGCGGCCUCACGAGCUAAGAAGAAGCGGAUGGAAGACAGCAACUCUGAAAGAGUCAAACGUCCUGAUCCAGAGGAUGUCAAAAGUCCCAGCAUGGCCACGACUAGAGUAGACGCCGCCGAAGAGGCAAGCGGGGGAGGAAGCCAUGCCGAAGAAGGCAAGGGUCAGCGCAGGACCAAGCAUACAGGAGAGAGAAAGGUCCGCAGCAGCACUAGCCGCAAGCGGCCGCAUACUCAGGCAGGAGGGGCUGUGCCGUUAAAACGGAUUGCAAAGCAGUCGUGA